AGCCUGAAUACGGCCUCCACUCUACAGGGCGCGCAGCAGGCAGCACGGCCGCUAUUCAGGGCGCAGGGCCCGGGCCCGAGCGGCGUGCGCGUGCGCGCGUGCGUGGGCGCGCGUGCGCGCCGCCGCCGCCUGUGGGUUGGCUGGUUAUUUUGCAAGCGGGAGGGGCCGUGCGCGCUCCUGCCUCAGGCCUCUGUCCCCCACCCCCCUUCCCCGGUCCCAGGCUCUCCUUCGGAAAGAUGUCGGACACGGCAGUAGCUGACACCCGGCGCCUUAACUCGAAGCCGCAGGACCUGACCGACGCUUACGGGCCGCCAAGUAACUUCCUGGAGAUCGACAUCUUUAAUCCUCAGACGGUGGGCGUGGGACGCGCGCGCUUCACCACCUAUGAGGUUCGCAUGCGGACAAACCUACCUAUCUUCAAGCUGAAGGAGUCCUGCGUACGGCGGCGCUACAGUGACUUUGAGUGGCUGAAAAAUGAGCUGGAGCGAGAUAGCAAGGUAUGGCCUUGUUCUCUGUGUGGCAUCUUUGGAGGAGGAGAUCUACAUAGGCUGAGGGGGCAUACAACCACAGUCUAUAAAGUCUUGAAGGGAAUGAAGAGGGUGAGCACAUUCUUAUCCAUCAAAUCUCAGUAUUUUAGAUCGGGGGGAUAACCUUUUGAAACUUGAAAGUGGUAAGUUCUGGCUG